CCUCUCACACCUCCCUCACUACUGCUUCACCAACGACCCGCUGCAGCUUUAUUGUGGAGUGAUUAACCCGGGCCGAUCGGUGCACCACGCAACUUAAAGGAUCCAUCCGAAGUAAAUCACUGCUCACACCACGGCCCAAGCGUGCUUACUCACCGGGUCCUUGAAUAUCACCUCACUACCUGAUUAGGACGUUGUGUCCUUUUUAGCGCAAUGACAGCCAAGCACCGGAAAGCGAAAAACAACCACAAACAUGAAGAUAACAUAUUCAAAAAUGAAGUUAUGGAGACAGAAGUUCGCCCUGGAGGGAAUAACUACACACUUCUAUUGGUUUUAUUUCUGAUUUUUGUGAUUGGAGGUGCCACCGGAGUGUGGUUCUGUUUCCAGCAGUACCAAACUUUAACCUACUUAACAGACAAUCUCAUGGGCAUACAGAUGAAGAUAGGGAAACUACAAUCCUCCCAGGAAGAAAUGCGACAGUCUGGCAACAAGCAGCAUAUUUCGGACAACGUGGAGGCCCGACUUAAUGCCCUUGAGGAGUCCUAUUCACUGGCCCAGAAGCAGGUGGGUAUGGCCUUAGCUACAGCCGAACAGCUCAAGACAUCAGACCUCCCCGCUCAGGUGCUGUCACUCCACACAGAGAUGAAAACCCGCCUGGCAGAGAUGCAACAAGCCACAGUGUCUCUGGAGCAACUGAGCCAGCUGCAGACCAUGUUGAAAGGAAAGAGUGAGGAGUUUGAAGAUGUUAAAAUGAAGGUGGAGGUUUUAGCCACUCUGACUGGUGAGCUAGCCCAGAAGGUCGACAUCUUGACAGGCAGCCUGGAAGAAGCAGAAUCUAAGCUGGAGGAGAAAGUUGUAGAGAUUGCCACAGUGAGUGCCGCCCUGGAUAGACAGGCUGCUGUGAUGCUUAGACUGAAGGAGCAGCUAGACGCCUACCAGACUCAGUUGAAGGCUAGCGUGGUCGAAAUGACUACUGUCAGAGAGUUGUUUGAACAUGAGCAGUCGCAGCGGCUUCAUCAGGCCAGAGUACAGGAGCUUAAUGUGUCUGUGGCAGAAACUAAACCUGAGACCAAGCCUUUGGAAAAGACAGAGGGAGAAACAGUUCCUACAACUGAAGAAGAGGCGGAAACCAAAGAGGAAGAGGAAGCUGCAGGAAGUGAAGAAAAAGAAGAGGAGACACUUGUAGAAACUGAAAAAAGAGAAGAAGAAGAAGAAGAAGAAGAAGAAGAAGAAGAAGAAGAAGAAGAAGAAGAAGAAGAAGAAGAAGAGGAGGAGGAGGAGGAGGAGGAGGAAGAAGAAGAAGAAGAAGCCUUAGGAACUGAAAAAGUAGAAGACAUAGACACUGAAGAAGAGACACCCAUAGCAGCUGGAGAGGAAGAGGUAGCUGCACCAGCUGAAUCAGAAGAAGAAGAGACUCUUCCUACAGCUGAUGAAAAAGUUACAUCCACCCAAGAGGAAGAAGAGGCAGAGUCUGAUGAGCCAGAAGAACUAAAUACACAAGAUACAGCUCCUGUUGAAAAGGAGGAGUCUGCGACAGAAGAAACUGUUCCUACACAGCAGGCAGAGGCAGUAGAGGAAGAUGAUGCAAAACAAGAGAAGUCUGUUACUGUAUCAGAAGAAGAGAAGGGACACACAACACUGACAGAAGAGGAGGGACACAAUGCUGAAGAGCAGAUGCCUGAAGAGGAGAACCGGAAAGGUGAUGAAGAGGAGGCACCUGAAAGAGAGAAAGGUGAGGACGACUCAACAGUCCAAGAUGAGAGUCUCAAAGCAAGAGAUGAGGAUGAGACUGUGUUGGAGAAAGAGGAGUCGGAAGACGAUGAAAGGGAGAAGUCAGAAGAACACGUACCAUCUGGAGAAGAGGAGCAGCUUUGGAAGGCAGUGCUUGAGGCAGAACAACCAGAUGUAGAGGAAGAAGUGUCAGAAGCAGAGGAUGAACAGCAGGAAACAGCAGAUGAAGAGGAGAACCAUGGUGCAGAGGACCCACAGGAGGCUGAUGAAGAAGAGGAGUUUUUAGAAUUUGAUGCUUUGCCAGAAGACAAAUUUAGACUCCUUUUUUCUCCAGCCUCUCCCUCUCAUCCCUGCAGCAUUGUCUCAGUUCUUCAGUCUCUGACCUUCCACAGGGACCAUGCAAGCAUUUGUUAGCAGCAUGACAGAGUGUCAAGAUUUGAUUCCAUUGGAGAGAGUGCUACAGACAAGUCACUGGGCCGUACCAGCUCAUACACACGCAGAGAGGCAAGGCUGGCUGCACUGAAUAAACAGGAACAAGACUCCACUGCCAAAGACUAUAAGAAGAUGUAUGCAGAAGCUUUGCAUGAAAAUGCAAAACUCAAGUCCAGGUUGCAGGAGAGCAAACAAGAGCUAGCCAAGAUACGUUCCCAACUGGAGAAAGUCACUCAGAGACACGACACAAUAUCUGAAAGAUCUUCAGCACUUGAAUCGGAAAAAAGGGAAAAACAAACCCUUGAGAAAAGAGUGUCAGACAUGGAGGAGGAAUUAAAGGCUUUCCCUGCUCUGGCUCAGGUCCAGACCUUGCGGAGAGUGAACGAGUGUCUCCUGGCUGAAAAUAGAGCCAUGCUUCGCGUCCUCGCCCGCCUCUCUGAGACGGCCUCGAUGCCGGAGACAGAGGACCUCUGAUCCUCUGAGACCUUUCCCCCUUCCUCUUCUCCCCUUCCUCAGCCACAUAAUUUCUACUUCUCUUUCCUUCUGGUGCCUCUACAGCCCCUUCAACCUCUGCUGUGUUCCUCUCAGGUCUUAACAGAGCUCAAGUCAGACAACCAGAGACUAAAGGAUGAAAAUGGUGCUCUCAUUCGAGUCAUCAGCAAACUGUCAAAAUAAAAAAAA